AUGUCGCAAUAUUCGUUUGCUUGGCAACAAACGGUCCAUUUAGAGGUGGCCUCGAACUUGAGCACUGAUGAGUUUCUCAACGCCUUCAAGAGGUUUACUGGACGGAGAGGCAACCCUUCAGAUGUCUUUUCUGAUAACGGCACCAAUUUCGUUGGCGCAAAUCGUGAGCUAGAGGAGCUUCGAAAGUUGUUCAAUCAAGAGGAACAUCAGUGCAGAAUAAUAAACGAGACAUCUAUGGAUCAAAUCAAGUGGCAUUUCAUCCCUCCACGAGCUCCUCAUUUUGAAGGACUUUGGGAAGCUACAGUCAAAUCGUUCAAGAGGCAUUUCAACAAAAUCGCCUAUAAUGUUACACUCAGAUUUGAGGAGGCAUCAACUUUGGCCAUCCAGAUAGAAGCCAUUCUCAAUUCGAGACCAUUAAUUGCCGUAUCUCAUGAUCCCAAUGAUUUAAGUUAUGUUUCAGCAGGCCACUUCCUUAUAGGCGACGCGAUAGUAUCAUAUCCAGAACCAAACAUAACUCACAUAAAGACGAACCGGUUGUCGAGAUGGUAA